AUGAAAGGCUCCUAUCUGUUGGGCUCAGCCAUGCUGGCUGCAACCUCCUACGCACACUACGUCUUCCCCGCCCUGAUCAAAGACGGCGAGGCAACACCCGACUGGAAGUACGUUCGCCAAUGGACAGGCUCCUACACGAACAGCCCCGUCACCGACGUCGACUCCCUCGACAUCCGCUGCAACGUCGACGCCACCACCGGCAACAACACCAGCACCCUCGGCGUCGCCGCCGGCUCGACCAUCGGCUUCACCGUGAAAACCGAGAUCGGCCACCCCGGCCCGCUCCUCGUGUACAUGGCCAAGGCGCCCACGACGGCCGCGGCGUUUGACGGUUCUGGAGAGUCGUGGUUCAAGAUCUAUGAGGACGGGCCGAAAUUCAACGCGGACGGGCUCACAUGGCCGACGGAGGGCGCGACGCAGGUCACGUUUGAUCUCCCUGCUGCCCUGCCGGAUGGUGACUACCUCGUGCGUGUGGAGCAUAUUGGCUUGCACUCGGCGAACACCGAGGGAGGCGCGCAGUUUUAUAUCUCCUGUGGCCAGGUCACGGUGACCGGGGGUGGGGAUGGGACGCCUGGGCCUUUGGUGGCGUUCCCGGGGGCGUACUCGCCGACUGAUCCGGGGAUCUUGAUUGAUAUCUAUUACCCGGUGCCUACCGAGUAUACGCCGCCUGGGCCGGCGGUUUGGGGGAAGUAA